CUUUCAGAAUGGUAUGGUUAUGUAAUUGUAGGACAUUAAGCACCAACGUGAAUGUGCCAUGGCUGGUGUUUCUGGUUACAAUUCAGCUGAUGCUGGGUGACGUCACCACAACUACUACUCAAGCUGACACCACCACAACUGCUUCUCCAGCUGACGUCACCACAACUACUACCCAAGCUGACGUCACCACAACUACUACCCAAGCUGACGUCACCACAACUACUACUCCAACUGACACAACUACUACUCCAGCUGACGUCAGCACUACUACUACUCCAACUGACACCACCACAACUACUACUCCAACUGACACAACAACUACUGCUCCAGCUGACGUUACCACAACUACUACUCCAACUGACACCACCACAACUACUACUCCAACUGACACCACCACAACUACUACUCCAACUGACACAACAACUACUGCUCCGGCUGACACCACUGACACCACCACAACUACUACUCCAACUGACACCACCACAACUACUACUCCAACUGACACAACAACUACUGCUCCAGCUGACGUCACCACAACUACUACUCCAACUAACACCACCACAACUACUACUCGUACUGACACCACCACAACUACUUCUCCAACUGACACGAACACAACUACUACUCCAACUGACGUCACCACAACUACUACUCCAACUGACACAACAACUACUACUCCAGCUGACACCACCACAACUACUACUCCAACUGACGUCACCACAACUACUUCUCCAACUGACACCAACACAACUACUACUCCAGCUGACGUCACCACAACUACUACUCCAGCUGACGUCACCACAACUACUACCCAAGCUGACGUCACCACAACUACUACUCCAACUGACACAACUACUACUCCAGCUGACGUCAGCACUACUACUACUCCAACUGACACCACCACAACUACUACUCCAACUGACACAACAACUACUGCUCCAGCUGACACCACCACAACUACUACUCCAGCUGACGUCACCACAACUACUACUCCAGCUGACACCACCACAACUACUUCUCCAGCUGACACCACCACAACUACUUUUCCAGCUGACACCACCACAACUACUACUUCAACUGACGUCACCACAACUACUUCUCCAGCUGACACCACCACAACUACUUCUCCAGCUGACACCACCACAACUACUACUGCAGCUGACACCACCACAACUACUUCUCCAGCUGACACUGACACAACUGCUUCUCCAGCUGACACCAUCACAACUACUACACCAGCUGACACCACCAUAACUACAACUCCAACUGACACCACCACAACUACUACGCCAGCUGACACCACCACAACUACUACUUCAGCUAAAACCACCACAACAACUACUGCAGCUGACACUACCACAACUACUACUUCAGCUAACACCACCACAACUACUACUUCAACUGACGUCACCACAGCUACUUCUCCAGCUGACGCCAACACAACUACUUCUCCAACUGACACCACCACAACUACUACUUCAGUUGACACCACCACAACUACUACUUCAGUUGACACCACCACAACUACUUCUCCAGCAGACACCAUCGCAACUACUUCUCCAGCUGACACCACAACUACUACAUCAGCUGACACCACAACAACUACUACUGCAGCUGACACCACCACAACUACUUCUCCAGCUGACACCACAACUACUACACCAGCUGACACCACUACUCCUGCAGCUGACACAACCACAACUACUCCUCCAGCUGACACAACUACUACUGCAGCUGACAUCACCACAACUACUUCUCCGGCUGACACCACCACAACUACUACUGCAGCUGACACCACCACAACUACUACUGCAGGUAACACCACCACAACUACUACUCCAGCUGACACCACAACAACUACUACUGCAGCUGACACCACCACAACUACUACUCCGGCUGACACCACCACAAUUUCUACUGCAGCUGACACCACUACAACUACUACUGCAGGUCACACCACCACAACUACUACUGCAGGUGACACCACCACAACAGCGUACACAACGUCAACAUCAGAACGACAUGUAUUCAGGAAAUGUGUCUGUAGAAGCCAAAAUCAAACUGAUGCACCAAGCGAACUGGACAAAGUGACUGAGAAGGCCAAUGAAAUAAAGAAGAACUUAACUGUUGACGUGAAGUAUUUAACCAACACGAUUCUAAAGAAAAAAAGCCGAGACGACAAACGAUCGUCUCCCGUCGUUAUUGGGUGGGUGUAUCUUGUCGUUGUAGCUGUACCUUUUAUGUUGGCUGUUUUGAGUGACGCUGGCCUGGUCGUUAAAUGGCUGUUUAAAACUAAAGUAAAACCCACGUGUGCAAAGGACAGAAAAAGUUAAAAUUACUGCAUAACCGGACUGACAAUGUGCUAUGUUUAUGGCCCAGAGAAUACUUUCUGAUUGUAUCCCUGUGAUUGACGAGUUAAUGACCUCAUUUAAUCCCUGUUACAUGCGUGUACAUAGAUAUAAGAUCGUAUUAUAAAUCAACUUUCUCAAAGUGUAA